UGUCACUAAUGUCAUUUCAUCUGUUGAUAAAUUGGGUUUUGUUUUGAUUUCAUUGUAUUAAAUUUACGAAACUAUGUCGUUAUUACAGCAAAUUCCGUACAAGGAAUAUGCAAAAAUAAUCGAAGUACUAACACUAGAGCAGUGUGAAGUAAUAGCGACUUUAGCUAACGUAGAAGUAAGGUUUACGCAAUCAACUGCCCCUGGUGAGGUCAUAUUGAAAGCUUUAGACAGAAACGGCUGUUCCCUGCAAAAGUACAGACAACUCCUAACAACCGCACUCAACAGAAGAGUUAUCAAAACUUACUACAAACCGGAAGCUAAAGUUGCCGUUCUCAUAGCCAAUGACAAAUAUCAGCAUUUAUCCAAGUUAAUCACUCCAUCCAUAGAUUGUGACUCACUAGCCACUCAUUUUAAAGAUAUGGGUUUUAUUCUAGUAACUAUAAGAAAUACUGUUAGUAAAGAGUUGAAAGAUGUUCUGGCUCAACUAUUUGAUUUAAUACCAGAGAAUAGUUAUUGCUUUGUCUUUUAUGCCGGCCAUGGCUGUGAACUUUGCAACACAAAAUGCAUGCUUGGUGUGGACUGCCCUCCUGAAGAUAUCCAGUUGGGCCACUGUGUGACAGAGAACUUUGUGCUCCGAGAAGUCAACAAAUGUAAGCCGGAGCUGAGUAUCAUGAUCAUGGAUAUGUGCAGGCUUAGUUUAAAUAGGAAUGCAAACCCUGAAAUCUUUACUGCCAUAUCAGAUGUUGAAGAAUAUACCAUCCAUAAGAAUUCGCUUGUCGCCUACUCCACUCAAUCAGCUCAUUCAGCAUAUGAAGUUUUACAGAUAGAAUGCUCCCAAAGCUUAGACAAUGUUACAUAUGAAUUGAAACCAGGUGACACAGAGAAAAUAGUGCCACAAGGUAGCCAGUAUGUUAAUGCAUUGUGUGACAGACUAGCAGAUGGUUUGGAUGUUAGUGCCUUGUUGGAUAAAGUUCACGAAGAUGUAGAGACGUCUAUGAAGAAACAAAGACCUAUUAAACUUCAAUGUGGAGUUGUAAAAAGGUCAUUAUAUGACCAUACUUUAGGUGAUAAUGCAGAAUUAAUUAAUAAACUUCAAGAUCUUUGCAAAGUUUAUGAAGAACAUUGUACACUCUGUUAUGAAGAAAAAUACUAUGCAUCAAAGUGGUCCUAAAACCAAUGGAGUUGAGAAUUAGGUCAUUAGAUAGGUAUUUCAAUAUACUUCAUUUUGUUCUAUAGGCACAAUUCCAUUGCAGAAUGGAGAUAUUUGUAUUUUAGUCAAAAUGUCAUCACCAUUAUUAUCUAUUUUACCUAGGUAAUAGAUUCCACCGCUGGGCGAGCGCUGGUGAUGGGAUCCCACAUGGUGCCCAUAGAACAAAAUGCAGUACAUAGAAAUACCUAUCUAAUGACCUAACUCUUAUUUCUGUUGGUUUUUGGUACAGGCUCCAUACAAAGUUGCCCAUGGUCCUUUAAAUAUUGGAUUCUGAUGUAUGCAGCAAUAAAACAAAAAUUAUAUGAGGAUAUUCUCAAGAAGUGCUUGUGGAUUUGAAGUUUGAGUCUUAGUAUAAGAUGAGGAGAAAUGCAUAUAAAUGGCAGUAAGAGAAAACAAUCAUAAGUUUAACUAUAAAUCAUAAUAAUAAAAAAAAACGCCAAGUGCCUUAAGAUGAUUUAAAUAAACUGGUGUAAUAAACUU